CGGGAGAGAAGGUCCCUUCCGCGCGCCUUGAAGGUGCUCCAGUCCUCAACGAGGAGGCCACCCACCCCUCGCCGCUCAUCGCGGCCGCCGCCGGCGGCGGCGCCUCCAUGUUGACCCGGUCGUGGGUCGCCUCGGCUAUCGCCAGAGAGCCUGAUGUACUCCAUACGGCCAAGAUAUUGAUUGCAUAAGCAUCAGUUCUGACUCCGAGGGUGCAGGCACUCGAUCAUAUAGCUAUCGUGUUGUCAUGCAAAAUGGUGGUGCUGAGCUGGAAAUGCGAGGGCGAUGCAGUGCUGGCCAGAAGGUUCUUGCUUCUCUUAUAAUCAGACUGGCACUGGCAGAGACAUUCUGUCUGAAUUGCGGCAUAUUAGCUCUGGAUGAGCCAACCACCAAUCUUGACGGGCCGAAUGCGGAGAGCCUAGCUGCUGCCCUAUUGAGAAUAAUGGAAAGCAGAAAAGGCCAGGAGAACUUCCAGCUGAUUGUAAUCACCCAUGAUGAGCGGUUUGCUCAGCUUAUUGGUCAGAGGCAGCUUGCCGAGAAGUACUACCGAGUUUCCAAGGAUGAGCAACAACACAGCAAAAUUGAAUCCCAGGAGAUAUUUGACUGACGAUGAUUUCUUGGUGCAUAUAUGCUCUUAGAGCUAAAUCUGUUUACCGGCCAAGCGGGCGCGGUUCAGUAUGAUGAUGGGCUGUCAUGGAGAGAAAUGGGUCCCAGCGAACGAGCGUGAUAUCCGACUAGGUUCAUUAGUUUGGUUUCUGUGCAUGCAUGCAAUUGGCCGUUUUUUGUUGUCCAUAAUCUGAAGGUGGUACUGUGUUGUCUCUUUUUAUUCUAAAAUUGACUCCUUAUGCAGCCUCUAAACAAGCGAAAAUGGUCCGUGGAAAAAUGUGCGGCUGCUUUUCUUCCGCCGAGCGCUAGCAGCGAAAAGGGAGACCUUUAUUUUCUUUUAUCGUCAAAAAUAUUUUCCCGCACUUCAAAAAAUUCUGAAAAGAGUUCACACACACGCGCGUAUUGUAGAAUAACUAUUUUGUACGCCAGUUUAGAACGGCAGCAGACUAACCUGAAAUUGUAUAACGUAGAAAG